AUCGACCCUGAAGGGUAUUAUUGUAUUAUCGAUUGCGAUCUUAAAGUAAUUAUCUGCUGGUUUCGUGCAGAUUUUAAAAUUUUUUUGGUCUGUGCUCCUUGUUUAACUUGUUGAGACGAAGUAUCGAUACUGUACUAAAAUAAUCCCGAUGUCGAGUUGUCGUCUUGUCGAGCGCGGUUUUGAUCGAUCUGGAUUCAGGGGAGGUCGAUUUUUAAAAAUGUUUAUCGAUAUCUAAGCCAGUGUCGUUUGCUUUCGUUUUGUACAAGAGUGAUACUAAGUGAAUUUUACGUACACGCCCAAUGUAACUACAGUUUUAUUUUAUGGCACGUAUUUUAAAGAUUGACAGUGAUAGUCUCAAGACACAAAUUUUCCAACAUUUCAAACUAUUUAUUUGUCGUUUUGAGUGCCAGUGUUGGGCUUCAAUUUAUCCCUGGUUCUUUUUCGUUAACUUCUUAUUUCACCAGUUUCCUCGUCACAUUUUUCUGGAAGACUGCGCUCUACCGCUUUCACUGCAUUUGUGUUUCAGCAGUGAGUCGAUGCCCAUAUGUGAACUGCUAAAACUACUCCGUUUUUGAAAAAAGCAAAAAGCGUUCAAUUUUCUAGUAGAAUACAGAUCUGUUUUUAGACCGGUGACGAUCGAUCGGUUUCUCGUCCAUUCCGUUUUGAAUCGAAAUGUUUGCUUGCUUAGACUCUUUCCCAGUAUCACCAUUCAAACUGUUGGCGUCCUUCUUCAUCCGCCAAUCGAGGGCAUUGUCAUGCAGACAUACGGAUCGGGCAACGUCCCUUCUAAUCGUCUAGAUCUCAUCGAUGAACUGCGGAGAGCUACCCAAAAUCCUUGCUAACCGCGAUCCUUGCACUUGUCUUCAAGUGAAGGAAUGGACCAACUCAAAGAUGUUCUCUUUCCUUCACUCAUUUGUUCCGCUGUCAAGACGGAAGAUUUAUCGAAACUCGAAUCGUUGGAAAAGUACGGUGCUAAUUUGUCUGCUUCUGACAGUGAUGGUAGAACUCCACUUCAUGUGGCGGCUGGUGAAGGCCGAUUGUCCGCUUGGCCGGUUGUAGAGUUCCUGCUGGGCAGAGGAGCAUCCGAUUCCGUCCAUUCGAGGGAUCGAAUAGAAAACACGCCAUUAAUGUCGGACGUAUCGGGUGAUCACCAGGAAGUUAUAUCCGUUUUGGUUCAGUACGGUGCUCAGUGCUCACUUGACGAAUGGACCUCACACGAUUGGCGAAAAGCUGUGCAGUUCCGCCGUUAAAGGAAACGUCAAAAGGCUCACCUCGUUGAUGAAAGCUGGAGCUGAUCUGAAUCAGCCGGAUGUCAGCAAUCGAACCGCCUUUCAUUUAGCCGUUCACCACAAGCAGGUACAUGCUUUAUUUUGCCCAUCCAGUGGUUCAAAUUGUUUAAUAGAAAUUUAUUUUAUUUAGGACUCGUGUGUAACGUUUCUGCUGAAGAAUAUUGAUUGUUAUUGAUCGAUAAGAAAGACGACUUUAGAGUUUAGACUCACGGCAGCAGACGUCGCUCGAAAAUUUAAACAUGAAAAUAUUCUUGAAAUGCUGACGAAUCGCCAAGAGAAAUUGUCUUUUUAAAAUACCUACAGUGUGUAGUACACAACUGCCAUACCGUUAUGCUUCCAAUAAACUUUGCAGUUAUCUAGGUUGGGCUUUUUAGUUUUUACUGCUCUUCGAAAAUUGCCUAUUUGGUGUUUGAAUGUUCGGGUUCGCGUUUUAGUGCUAGUCGACGCCAUUAUAAAAUAAUUUACAUGGAUGGAUGUAUAUUUAAUACCAGGGUUAAU